AUGGCUUAUAUGUGCACUGACAGUGGAAACUUAAUGGUCAUAGCUCAACAGCUCAUCAAACAGAAGCAGCAACAGCAAUCACAACAACAACAACAACAGGAACAACUCAAUCCAUGGCCUAACCAAACACUAGGUUAUCCUCUGACCGGUUCUGGUCUUUCAGACCCGUUUCAGCUAACCGGAGACCCGGAUUUUCACUUUCCCUUACUGGAGCACCAAAACGCCAAUGCUUCCAAGGCGUUUAGGUUUCCACAUGAUGGAGAGUUCGACUCAGACGAGUGGAUGGAGAGUCUACUACUCAACGGUGGAGAUGCGUCGCAGACAACAAGUCAAGACUUUUCAAUCCACGGUCAUGAUCCAUUCUUGGAAUUACCGAGUCGACUCAGUGUUCCAUCGGAUCUUAACCGAGUCAUCUUCAAAGAUAAAGAUGACUCAGCAGGUCCACUCCCAAACCCACCGGUUUCCACCCCUCCGCCGCAGCUAGUAUCUGAGGAGCCGGACUUUGAUCUAAACCGGCCGGUUUUGAUAGAUAUACACGACUUUGUCCGGUUAUUAAAUACCAAACCGGACUUAGCCGCGGAAAAGCUGAUCAAGAUCCGAGAAUCCGUUUCGGAAACGGGCAACCCGACGGAGCGAGUCGGGUUUUACUUCGCUGAAGCUCUCUCCGACAAACUUUCUCCGGCGCCGCCGUCGCUAGAAGACUUCAUCUUCUCAUAUAAAACGUUAACCGACGCUUGUCCGUACUCCAAGUUCGCUCACUUAACGGCGAACCAAGCGAUUCUCGAAGCAACUCAAGAAUCAAGAAACAUCCACAUCGUCGACUUCGGGAUCUUUCAAGGUAUCCAGUGGGCUGCUAUGUUGCAAGCUCUUGCGACCCGAGCUUCUGGAAAACCGGACCGGGUCCGGAUCUCGGGUAUACCCGCUCCGUCUCUUGGUGAAGCUCCGGGUCCAUCUCUGAUCGCUACAGGAAACCGCUUACGUGAUUUCGCGAUGCUUUUAGGUUUAAAUUUCGAGUUUUAUCCGGUUCUUACUCCGGUUCACUUACUGAACGGGUCAAGUUUCCGGGUCGACCCGGAUGAGGUUCUGGUUGUGAAUUUUAUGCUUGAGCUUUACAAGCUUCUUGAUGAAACUGCGAUGGCCGUUGAUACGGCGCUCAGGCUCGCCAGGUCGCUAAACCCGAGGAUUGUGACGCUUAGUGAAUACGAGGUGAGUUUGAACCGGGUUGGAUUUGCAGACCGGGUUAAGAACGCUCUCCGGUUCUAUUCCGCGGUUUUUGAAUCACUCGAACCGAAUUUGGAGCGAGGCUCGAUGGAAAGACUAAGAGUGGAGAGAGUUCUGUUCGGUCGGAGAAUAUCGGAUUUGGUACGCUCCGGUAAUAAUAAUAAACCGGGAACCGGGUCAGGGAGAAUGGAAGUGAAAGAGCAAUGGAGAGUGUUGAUGGAGAAAGCUGGGUUCGAACCGGUUAAACCGAGCAAUUACGCGGUUAGUCAAGCCAACCUGCUUCUGUGGAAUUACCAAUACAGUACAUUGUAUUCACUUGUUGAAUCGGAGCCAGGUUUUAUCUCCUUGGCCUGGAACAAUGUUCCUCUCCUCACUGUAUCCUCAUGGCGUUGA